UUCUCCAGGGCGCGGUGCUGGAGGAGCAGAUCGUCAUCGGGACGCCAGGGACGAUGCAGGAUUGGUGUUUCAAACGCAGAGUCAUCAACAUGAAGAAAAUCCACAUGUUCGUCCUGGAUGAAGCAGACAUCUUGAUCGACACUCAGGGGCUCUCCUACCAAAGCAUUCGCGUCCAGAGGGCAUUACCCAAGGGCUGCCAAAUGCUGCUUUUCUCGGCCACCUUCAAAGAAUCCGUGCGGGAUUUCGCCAUGCAAAUCAUUUCUAACCCCAUCGUCAUCAAGCUGCGCGAGGAAGAGCUCACCCUCGGCAACAUCCGACAAUAUUAUUUCGUCUGUCGGAACAGGGAGGAGAAAUACGAAGCGCUCUGCAACAUCUACGGCAGCAUCACCAUCGGCCAGGCCAUGAUUUUCUGCCAGACGCGGAAAAGCGCAGACUGGCUGGCGGCGGAGAUGAGCCAAGACGGCCACCAAGUUGCCGUCCUGACGGCCGAGCUGACGGUAGCCCAGCGCGCCAGCGUCAUCCCGCGCUUCCGCGACGGCAAGGAGAAGGUUCUCAUCGCCACCAACGUCUGCGCCAGAGGGAUCGAUGUGCAGCAAGUCACCAUCGUGGUGAAUUUCAACCUCCCCACGGAUCAGAAAAACGAACCCGAUUUCGAAACCUACCUGCACCGCAUGGGGCGAGCCGGGCGCUUCGGGAAGAAGGGCAUCGCCUUCAGCAUGGUGGAGCACCGCAACGUGCCGCUCGUCCACAUGAUCGAGAAACAUUUCCAGACGAAGAUCAAGCAGCUGGAGCCGGACGACAUGGAUGAGCUGGAGAAGCUGGAAAACUGA